AUGUCGACCACGCAAUCCCAGGAGGGGGUUCUCGACGAAGAAGACCGUUCCCCUGCGCCCACUUCUGUAGCGCCCAUGACCGGUUCAGACGCUGCUGGGAACAACCAUAAUGCACAUGCUCCCAAGGAAAUAACGUCAAGCAGCCCCAGACGCACUAAGCAGUUACAGAGUCUAAUAGUUAAAAGAGACGCUUUCUACAUGGCAGAUCUCUGCAUACGCUGCGGUAAGGCCCCCUAUCGGAAGGGCAUGCGAACCUGCGAGGACUCUGAAGCAGCGGACAAGCUCAAGUAUUCCGACCGCAGAACCAAGGCCCGCUGCACCAACUGCGGAAAGGCCCUCGACCAUGGCGCCACCGGUUUGAAAUGUCCGGGUUGCAAGGAGAAGCAACGCCACGCGAACGCGGUUUAUAAGGAAAAGCGCAAGGCAGAGGAAGAACGUUCUCGGGCCAAAGAGGGACCACUUCAGAGCGAGAAGGAUCGCAAGAACGGCCGCAGGAGAGUGUGUUAA